AUGUCGUCAGAUUCUAUAGCGCCUGCUAGUCACAUACCUAGUCUGGAAAAGAGUCAGAUUUUUAAAGAUAAAAGCAAUAUAAUAGAAAAAGAGGGGCACGAUUGCUACCCACACCUUGAUGAAGCAAACGAAAAAACUAUUACCAUAACCAUACCAGCAUUUUAUUCCGAAAAUUCUUUUCCUGUGGAUGAUAAAGCAUAUAAAACCGAUGGUAGCUCUAUUUCUGAAUUGAAUGGUGAUAGCAGCGACCAUGAGGCUGGCACCUCUUAUAAUAAAAUGCACGAUCCAACAUACUUUCCGGAAGGCGGUUUAUGGGCAUAUUUGUCACUAUUGGGUGGAUUUUUAUCAGUAUUGACAACUUGGGGUAUUAUUACAUCCUUUGGUGUGUUUCAAACAUACUAUAAGACGGAUCUUUUUAAACAUUUGUCUUCAUUUCAGCUUGGCUGGAUUCAAUCGUUGCAGCUUUCUUGCAUUUUUAUGGGAGGUGUCUUUACGGGACGUUUAUUUGAUGAUGGCUAUUUUUAUUAUUUGGAAAUCAUUGGUUCUACCCUUAUCUUUGUGUGCUUCAUGUUGGUAGCUGAAUGCACCAAAUUAUACCAAAUUUUGCUUGCCCAAGGUGUUGGAAUGGGAUUGGGUAUGGGAAUGCUUUUUGGCCCUGUUUUGGGCUGUUGUUCAGCAUACUUUAAACGCAAGCGUGGGUUUGCAAUGUGUGUUUGUGCAUCAGGUGGAGGUGUUGGAGGUAUAAUUUUCCCAAUUGCUGCAAAUAAUUUGAUUCAACACGUUGGAUUUUCUUGGACAAUUCGAAUACUAGCAUUUAUCGAACUUUUUUUCUUAAUCAUUUUGAUUUCUGUUACUCGUGACAGACUCCCUUUCCAUGUUCGCCAGGAAUAUGCUCGAAAAAAGUAUACCAGUUCAAUUUUCUCGUUAAACUCAUGGGUUGAUAAGACUGCGUUACAUACACCAGAAUUUAUGUUUUUUGUUGGAGGUGUUGCACUUUGCUUUUUUGCACUUUAUACCCCAUUUUCUCAGAUUCAAUCUUUUGCCAUAUACAUGAAUGCUGAUCCAAAUAUCAUUACAUACAUUGUUGCGAUUUUAAAUGCUGCUGGUGUAGUUGGUCGUUUUACAGUGUUUUUAAUUGCACGUUAUUUAGGUGCGCUUAACAUGACUGUUCUAUUUAGUAUUGCUGCUGCUAUUUGCUGCUAUCCGUUUUUCACUAUAAAUUCAAAUGCGUCGUUAGUGGUUUUUACCAUUUUUUAUGGAUAUGUUUCAGGUGUAGUUGGCACUUUCCCACCGUUUUGUGUUCCUCAUUUGACUGAAGAUAUUACUCGUUUAGGAACACGUUUUAGCAUGUGCUUUUUUGCAUUAAGUAUCAUUACUGCAUUUUCAACGCCAAUAUCUGGACUUACGCUUGGACCUAAUAAUAACGAAUUUAUGCACUUGUCAAUGUUGUGUGGAGGAUUCUUUACAGGAGGUGCAAUACUGAUGAUCCUUGGAAGAGUCAGCAAAGCUGGAUGGAAAUGGGAAGUCAUAUAA